AUGCAUUACUCUACCCUCCUCGCCCUCCUCCCGGCCAUGGCCAUGGCCUCUCCCCUUGCCGCCCAGACCAAGCGCGAUGUCCCGGCUCCCCUCCUCAAGCCCCGCGGCGCCGACAUCCUCGCCGACAAGUACAUCGUCAAGAUGAAGGACGGUCUCCGGUCCUCUUCCAUCCAGAGCACCAUCUCCACCUACGCCGCCAAGGCCGACCACGUCUACAAGCUGAGCCACCUGCGCGGCUUCGCCGGCACCCUGACCGCCGAGGAGCUCCAGACCCUCCGCGACGACCCAAACGUCGAGUACAUCGAGCACGACGCCGUCAUACGCAAGUUUGACGUCCAGGAAAACGCGCCUUGGGGUCUUGCCCGUCUGUCUAGCAGCGCUGCGGGUGCCACCUCGUAUGCCUACGACAGCAGCGCCGGUGCCGGCACUUGCGCUUACGUUGUGGACACUGGCAUUGAUGUUAACCACCCUGACUUCAACGGCCGCGCCACCUGGGGCGGCAACUUCGUCGACACUGACAACACCGACGGCGACGGCCACGGCACCCACGUCGCCGGCACCAUUGGCGGCACCACCUUCGGCGUGGCCAAGCAGACCUCCCUCUACGCCGUCAAGGUGCUCGACGCCAACGGCUUCGGCACCAUCGCCGGCGUCAUGGCCGGCAUGGAGUUCACCGUCACCGACUCGCCCUCGCGCAGCUGCCCCAGCGGCGUCGUCGUCAACAUGUCCCUCGGCGGCGGCUACUCCGCCACCCUCAACGCCGCGGCCGCCGCCGUCGUCAACGCCGGGCUCUUCCUCGCCGUGGCGGCCGGCAACGAGGCCCAGGAUGCGGGCAACGUCUCCCCUGCUUCCGAAGUCAGCGCGUGCACUGUCGGUGCCACUACCUCUUUCGACUCGCUUGCGUCGUUCUCCAACUUUGGCAGCGUCGUGGACAUUCUUGCGCCGGGUGACAAUGUUGAGAGCGCUUUGCCCGGUGGUAGCUCUGGCUCCUUCUCUGGCACUUCCAUGGCUUCCCCCCAUGUUGCCGGCCUGGCUGCCUACUUCCUCGCCCUCGGCGGCGCCCCCUCCGACCCCGUCGGUCUCUGCAGCUACAUCGGCGAGAGUGCCAUCAGCGGCGCCAUCAGCGGUGUCCCCAUCAGCACCGUCAACCUCCUUACCAACAAC